AGUGGCAACCUUUCGGUCGGGUGGCAAUACUUGGGCCAGGUGGCGACGUCGUGGUUAGAAAAGCGUUUUGCGAAAGACAUAUUUUCGCUUUUUGUAAAGUACAAAUAACCAAUUAAAUAACAAAAUAAACAAAUUGAACCAUAUAGUUCAUGAAAGACUGAAUAAGUUCACUCGGUCAUUUCAGUGAACCGUUCACUUGAACUUUCUCUGAACGAAAUGACCUAACUUUGGAUGCAGCUCUACUAAUUAUACGCGUUUUAUAUGAGUUUGAUAGUUUGUUGUUUGAAAUUCAUUCAUUUUAAUUAUGGCAAAUGAAUACAGUGUGCUGCGAUUGCCGGUGGAUUGCGAAUCCUUGCGAUUUAAUGACUGGUCCAUCAGCUAUGAGAAAUCGCAUAUAUUGAAGAGUAUGUGCCAUUUGGGCAGCGACAAGUGUUGCGAUAAGAACGAUGCCAAUCGCUGUGAUCUGUGCCAUUAUCAGCACUCUCUGGAGUUGCCCCAUCUGCCAGACAUGGUGUUCCACAAAAACAGGCUCGUCCUCCAGCACACCAAUGGCGCUCUCAUGGAAUUCAAGCCUAUCGAUGCUCUCGCUCUGGUAGCCAAUGGCAAAGACUCCGCGGUCGAGGUUGCCUGCGCUCAGGAAUGGCGGGAAACGCGUUCGGAACAAAAUAUGGAGCAGAAGUACAAGCCUUUCGAUUGGACAUUCACCUCAACAUAUCAGGGCACUUUGAACGAUAAGUUUCGCAGCGAACCAACCGAUCAGACCCUGAACAAGAUGAAGCUAAUGCAGCGCGAGAAUAUAUUAUUCUAUCACGAUCUCACACUCUACGAAGAUGAACUUCAUGAUCACGGCAUCUCAGCAAUGAGUGUGCGAAUUCGUGUGAUGCCCUCCGGUUUCUUUGUUCUCCUGCGUCACUUUCUGCGCAUUGAUGACGUCCUCAUCCGGAUGCACGAUACGCGUUUCCACUGCGAGAUCGAGAACGAUUACAUAUUGAAGGAGUAUAUACAUCGGGAAGCGCCCUGUACAGCGCUCCAGAGUUCCGUGAGCUUCUGGACGAAUCCGGAUGAAAUGCAAAAUUAUCUGCCCGUAAAGUCGAAGGAGUUGCACAAGUUAUACUUUAAGUAAUCCUAAUCUUAAUCCCAAUCCUGUGGAUAAUGAUGAUGAUGAUGAUCGUGAUUCAAUGUGGUUCCCCUAGUUAACAUUUAAGUUGAAAUUUCAUGUAUUCCGUGUAAUUAAUUCAUUUUGUUUAAUACAUAUAGAUAUAUAUAAAGUAUAUUUAUUACAUGUACGCAUAUUUAUUGCGGCAACUGUGCGCUCAAUGCAAACAUUAAAAGCCAUUUAAC